UUAAAGCAUGAAUUUAAUGUUUUGAUGCUGUUUAACUUUCAGAGUUAAUCUUUACGUGAAUGAAAUACCCCAAAGCUGACCAACAUUUAGCAACAACAUGGACCUCUUUUCAUACUGAAGUAAAAGUGAAGAUGUUGAUCUGGUGCCGGAUUCCAAAUUCUAACAAGACUGAUAAGGCUUCAAUGCUGGAUGAAGCAAUUGAGUAUUUGAAGCAGCUCCAGCUUCAAGUACAGUUGUGGCUUUUGAGUUUUCAGAGGGGAGAAAGGAAGAAACAUAAGAAGAAGGGGGAGACAGGAAGGACAUAAGAGACAGAGAAAUCC